AUGGAGGUCGAGGAGCCGAUCGGAGCGUCGCAGAGGCUGCCGACCACUGUGUCGCGCCGCCGCCCUCCUCAGAUGUGGAAGGAGGCGUCGCUGGAGGAGACGCAGCGCAGCCUGAUCGCGAUGAAGGCCAUCGAGGAGCGACGAGCGCUGGUGCGAGUCAACGAGGCGGCAGACCGCUGCUUUGGCGAGUGCAUCGACGACUUUGGGCUGACACGCCAGCUGCGCGCCGGCGAGGAGGAAUGUGUGCGGAAGUGCACCCUCAAGUUCGUCGAGAUGUCCGCGCUCGUGGGCCAGGUGUUUGGAGAGCAGAGCGGCUUGUGA